AUUUUGACAUUUUUCAAGCUACCCAAAAUAAUCCUCCGCAUCCGCACGUGUAAUCAUUUGUAAAAUUUGUUUUUAUUUAAAAAAAAUAAAUUUAUUUCUCAAUUAACUCAAUAAAAUGAGUGACGAUGAAAACGAUGACAACCAUCCCACCUCCACCGAACCAGUUGAAAAUGCUUGGGCUAUGAAAAUCCCUGAAUUCAAAGCCGAUCACAAUCUAAAUGGUUUAGUUGAAGAAAGUUCAUUUGCCACGCUUUUUCCAAAAUAUCGUGAAAAAUAUCUAAAAGAAGUAUGGCCUUUAGUACAACAAACAUUAGGUGAGUUUCAUCUUAAAGCUGAACUUGAUUUAGUCGAAGGUAGUAUGGUCGUGAAGACUAGCAGAAAAACAUGGGAUCCAUUUAUUGUAAUCAAAGCUAGAGACAUGAUCAAGCUGAUGGCUCGAAGUGUUCCCUUUGAACAAGCAAAACGUGUCCUGGAAGAUGAAAUCGGAUGUGAUAUUAUUAAAAUUGGUAGUUUGGUGAGGAAGAAGGAUAAAUUUGUUAAAAGACGACAACGUUUAAUUGGACCAAAUGGAGCCACUCUCAAAUCAAUCGAACUUCUUACAGAUUGUUAUGUUUUAGUUCAAGGCAACACAGUUUCAGCUUUGGGACCUUACCGAGGCUUACAGCAAGUUCGUGAUAUUGUUACUGAAACUAUGAAUAAUGUUCAUCCAAUUUAUAACAUUAAAGCUUUAAUGAUUAAAAGAGAAUUGGCAAAAGAUCCGAAAUUAGCCAACGAAGAUUGGUCACGAUUUUUGCCUAAAUUCAAAAACAAGAAUAUUAGUAAACGUAAGCAACCGAAGAAUAAGAAACCUAAAAAGGAAUAUACUCCAUUCCCGCCAGAGCAGCCUGAAAGUAAAAUUGAUAAACAAUUGGCUUCGGGUGAGUAUUUCCUUAAUAAAGAACAAAAACAGGGAAGGAAGAAUAAGGAAAGGGAGGAGAAACAAGCUGCUUCGGCUAAGAAGCAAGAAGAGAAACGUAGUAAAGACUUCCAACCACCUGAAGAGCCAAACAGAAAGAGGAAAACUGAUGCGGAUGGUUCGGAUAAGGUGGAUGUUAAGGCGCUGAAGGCUAAAUUAGCCAAAGCUAAUAAGAAGAUGAAAACGAAAUGAGAAGAAUGACGAGUUGUUGGAAUAGGUUUAAGUUAGUAAUUUUGUUUUUAAUAAAAUCAAAAUUAAAUUAAUAA